GCGACGCGGCAGUGCGCAGUGCUACAGCAGAAAGCAUGUCCAUGCCCGUGCGUUCAAGAAUAUUUUGAGCAUUAUGAGUGAAGAAAACAGUGAAAUAAGUGUCCAGGGACGCCCGCCGAUCUUCUUAGACUCUUAUAAGGAUUCAAAUGAAUAUGCAGAGAAUGUCUUGCGUGCAGUACUGGAUGCCACUAAGGCAUCCAACGCGAUGCCAGCAUCAGGAGAGGACUACGAAUUUUUCAGCAGCUUUUCUAGCUUCCGCCAAGUGAUGCUUGCAGAAGGAAAAGACAUACUAAACUUAAUAUCGUCCUUGACUGCUCAGCAAGUUGGCCGAGGCAGGUACGAAGGACUUGACCUGGAGGAGAAAUUUGAUUUGCUCACGGAUGUCAAUGACAUGAUUCUGGAGCGAGUGGGUAACAACCUUGAUGAAGCGGAUGGCAUAAAAAAGAAACAGAGUGACGUUGUCCUCACCACAGUCAGCACCAGCCGGCCCAUACACACGAGCUGGAAUAAAAAGAUAAAGAUCAUUACGAACAAGGACAACGAAUCUGCAGCAAAGUACCAUCUGCUUGCGGCGAAAAAUGUCCUGAGGCCGCAGCUGACCUUCAAAACCAAGGUUGACAACAGCAAUACACCAUUUGUGCCAAUCAUAGCGGAUAAGCCAAACUCCAUCAAGCCCCUUGCCAUCUUGCUCGAGAAGGAUGGAUCGGAAGAAUUCUACAGUCAUCCGUACGAGUGUGAGAUAGAGCACUUUCAGCCAACUCCUGAACAGCUUGAGGUGCAUCAAAAGAUUCCCCCUCCGCUGGAUGAAACGCCGUAUAUGUUUGUGAGCACGGUGGAGGACCUGCAGAAGAUGUGCAAGGACCUCAUGAAGCAGAAAGAGAUUGCCGUGGACGUCGAACACCACUCCUACCGGACAUUCCAAGGCAUCACCUGCCUGGUGCAAAUCUCUACGAGGCAGACAGACUACAUCGUAGACACCCUGGCCUUGCGACACGAGCUGCACGUACUCAACGAGAUUUUUACCCAUCCCAAGAUAAUUAAGGUCUUUCAUGGUGCAGACAUGGACGUACAGUGGUUACAGAGGGACUUUGGCAUCUACCUGGUGGGACUGUUCGACACGGGACAGGCGGCCCGCGUUCUCAACUUUUCACAUUUCUCGCUCGCCUUUCUGUUGCGGCAUUACUGCGGAAUUGAGCCAGACAAGCAGUUCCAACUCGCUGACUGGCGCAUCAGGCCGUUACCGAGAGAGAUGGUGCGCUAUGCUCGGGAGGACACCCAUUACUUGCUGUAUAUAUACGAUCGACUCAGGAAAGACCUCCUCGACGCGGGCAAUGCGCAGAAGAAUUUACUGUUGUCAGUUUUUCAGCGUAGCAAACAGGUCUGCCUAAAGAGGUACGAGAAGCCCCUGUUUGACGAAGACAGGUACUUGGACCUCUGCAAGAAAAGCAAAAAGUCGUUCAACAGCAAGCAGCAGUAUGCCCUCAAGCAUCUCUACAGCUGGAGGGAUCGAAUGGCGCGACUCGAAGACGAAAGCACAGGGUACGUCCUACCCAACCACAUGUUGCUUCAGAUCUCCGAAAUUCUACCAAGGGACCACCAGGGAAUUAUCGCCUGCUGCAAUCCUUGUCCGCCGUUGGUGAGGCAAAACCUGAACGAGCUCCACACGAUCAUUCGAAAAGCGAGGGAACUCACGGGUGCAAGACAGAAAAGCGAACAGGCAUCGGAGCCAGUGUUUGAAGUGCUCCAAAACGAGGUCGAUCUGGACAGCAUUUUGCACAGGGUCCACGACGCACCUCGCCAUCACGAUCCAACACUGUCACUGCCCACUCUCUUAGACGACGAUGCCAUGAUGGCACAUGAAGACACAAGCUGUAGAGAGGCUGUAGGAUUAAGCCUGAAAAAAGCUCCUAUACUGUCAGUCCUCACGCAUGCACCACUACUUUCAUCUACACAAAAGCCAGUGUCGCAACAAAAGCAACAGGUACCAGCGGGAAGACCCGUUUUUGUACUCCCAUACCAAAGGUACAAGACUGCAUUGGCUAAUGCAAAACUGGCGGAGAACGAAAAAGCAGAGACAGCGAAAGCAGACGACAGCUCUCACGCAGAGAGGGUACACAAGCACAUAGAAUCCCUCGUGAACAGUCGGCCAGCAACUGAGCAAAGCAUUGACAAAGAGGCGGAAGGAGCAGCCUCUGAAAACCCCGGGAAGACGACGGCCACCGACAAAGAGACGGAUAAGGAACGUCCGAAGAUGUCUUACGAAGAACGAGAGCUCACAGAGCCACUGAGACAGCAGUCUCCUUCGAAGACACGAAGAGGAAGAAGGGCAGCCAAGAGGAAAUCACAGCCGGAGGUACCCUCGAAAGACGAAGCUCAUGGGGAAAGCAAUGCCGCGAGGAACCAGAAACCAGAGGAUGAUGCCGAGGCUGUCGGACCCGGGAGCGGCGAUGCCGGUUUUCAUCCAUUCGACUACCAGGGGGCAGCAGUCGAUGCUCAAGCUACGGAAUCGCAGACGACGGGCAAAAAGAAGAAGAAGUGGACAUUUAAUCCUCAGCAGCAAGGUGGACCAGACAUGAAGGGUGGAAGAAAGAGGACGAAGAAGCAAGUCAAGAGCCACACUUACAGUAACAAAUCUUGUAAAGGCCAUGGAACAUCAACCUCGUGGCCCAAACGAUGAGAUGUAAAUAAAAUGGUUCUUGUGCUCA